UGUAUACACACAUGCAUGCACACUUUUUUACUUGUUAUUGUGUUUCAGCUUAUUCUAGACAGAAUUCGCAAAAGUGUAACAGAAGUAGCUGAAGGAAAAGGUGACUUUUCUAAAGCCUUUUUCAGGUUUGCCAUAAAAUACAAAGUGUGGUGGAUGACCAGGGGAUUUGACACACCUUUAUUGAAUGUAAUUGUUUUCAAGAAAGUCAGAGAACUGAUAGGAGGAAGAGUAAAGUUUGUGGCAAGUGGUGGAGCCCCACUAUCUCCUGACACUCACAACUUUAUCCGAGCAGCUCUGUCCAAAACUACUAUCCAGGGCUAUGGUCUAACAGAGACUGCAGCAGGAGCAACUUCUAUGGCUUUGGAUGAUUUGAGCACUGGUCGUGUUGGAACUCCAUUAAUGGGAUGUUACAUACGUCUAGAAGAUUGGGAAGAAGGAGGCUACCAUAAAACAGAUUAUCCUAAUCCUCGGGGAGAAAUUAUAGUGGGAGGAGAUACAGUUACUAAGGGGUAUUACAAGAACGAACCUUUAACGAAAGAAUGCUAUCGAGAAGAAAAAGGAAUAAGGUGGUUCUUCACGGGAGACAUCGGGGAAAUAUAUCCAGAUGGAACCAUAAAAAUUAUUGACAGGAAAAAGGAUUUGGUAAAGCUUCAGUUUGGUGAAUACAUAUCAUUGGGGCAAGUGGAGACAGAAUUGAAAACUUGUACACUCCUUGAUAAUCUCUGUGUCUAUGGAGAUAGUUUUGAGACUUACCUAGUGGCUUUGGUGGUACCUAAUAGAAAUCAACUUCAACAACUAGCCAAGACAUUACAUAAAGACCAUCUGGACUUUUCAGACAUGUGUCAAGAUAGUGAUGUUGUUGCUGCUGUCCAGAAAGCUUUAGUAGACCAUGGAAAGAAAGGUAAACUCAGGUUAAGGCAAAUAGGAUAA